GAUGCCAAAAUAAUUUAGUUAUCAAAGUUUCAUUCUUAAGUAUUUAACAACAUAUUUAUAACAUGUUUGCGUCAUACUGUUUAAUCGUGUAUUUCUGCAUUUUUGUGGAAAUUUUUGCCCAAACGAAUUACACGACAACGACUCUGGAGAAAUAUAAUGUGGACUCGAAUUCAGUCACGGUAUCGGGAAUUUCCUCGGGUGGAGCGAUGAGUAACCAAUUUCAUUUCAUAUUUUCCGACGUGAUCAAAGGUGCAGGAAUAUUUGAGGGAGGGCCGUAUCUUUGUGCAUAUGUCAGCGUCCUCGGGUGUGCGCCAGAUUUCCAACUUGUCCCGUUGUACAACCUGGAGGCAAGCAUGUUAUCCAAAGCGGGAAAGAUAAGCCCCGUGCAAAACAUUAAAGGCCAAAAAGUGUACAUCUUUCAUGGAACAAACGACAAAACGAUAGGCGUGAAAUCGGGAAGGAAUUUGAAAAAAAUGUACGAUCAUUUCGGGGCAGACGUGCAUGCCGAGUUUAGCCUUAAUGCGGGACAUGGACAGCCCGUAGAUGGUAACGGAUAUGGCGGACCUUGUGAAAGUGUAAAUCCAGAUCAGCAUUACAUCAACGAAUGUGGAUACAACGGGGCAUAUGAAAUGUUUAGCUGGCUCUACGGCGCUGAAAAUAUUACGAGACCUCCGAAGGGUUAUGUGGCCGAUGGAAAUAUAAUUUAUUUCAAUCAAACCGAAUUUUUGCCCACGACCGGAAAAACGUCCAUGAGCAGUACCGGACUCCUCUAUGUGCCCAAGGGGUGUGCCGAUAAGACGAAAAUGUGCCGAUUCCAUGUCGCCUUUCAUGGAUGCAGUAGCAACAUUGAAGCAUUCGGUACGGAUUAUGUUACAAAGACGCAGUACGCAGAAGUAGCAGAGUUAAACGAUAUCGUAAUUUUAUUUCCACAAACGGCAAACACCGAUAUCAGUCCAAAAGGUUGCUGGGAUUUUAUCGGUUAUACGGAUCGUUUGACCUAUCCCACAAAGACAGGACCACAAGCAGCUAGCGCUUACAGAAUGUUGCAACGAGUACUCGGAAAUUAAAGCAUCCAUGGAAAUUAACUAUCAACCAGAUCACGUUCUGUUAAGUUACGUACAUAUGUGUGUUAAUUUAGCAAUUCGUAAUUCGUAUCCGUUUAUUCCAUUAAUUCAUUACAAAGUGUGUAAACACGGAAAAUACCCAUGUCAAAUCAAAAAUCAUAAAAUUAAAAUGCGAGAAAACGUUACGUCCACUAGUCUCA